CCAUUGGUCUUGCCUUCUCACCCAUCCUCCCUCCGUUUGUGUGGCUCCUGUCCUACGGCAUGAGGGGCCCUGAGGCCUUCACCCCCAGUCUGAGACUAGUACCCUGAUACCCCACAACUCAGCCUGUUCUCUUACUCAGCUGUGGCUUCCAUUUUCCCUCCAACUUAAGAGGAACGGGAGCUGAGCAGAAGGCCAAGAGACAGGCUACUCUUCCUUUGGUAUUUGUCCUCCCCUCUCCCUAAGGUGAAGGCUAUGUCCAUGUUUUACCUUUAGUCUUGUUGUAAGGUACAGUGCAGUUCCUCGUCCUCCACCCCUACCCAAACCCCAGUGGAAUGAGAAAUCCCCCAAUGGCUGUGUAUGGAUGUACAACUUCUGGACCUAACUCCUAGAGACCCUGGAUUCUGAGGGAGUUUUGCCCUGAAUUCUGCAACCUAGGUCGUAGGUGGACUGCUCAAAAGAAACGUGACUAUGCCACAUAAAAGAUAGCUUUUAGCCUCCUGCAUCUGAACCAGGUAUGAAUCUAUUCCCACAGGUCCUGCCAACCUGAUCCAUCCCACUUGUCACCAGUUCUACCCUCUGAUGACAGAAUCACAAACCUAAGACCACAGCACAUUGCCACAAGUGCAUGCAUUGGUCUUUCUGCCCCAAGAGGUUCUGGCACAUUCAGGGAGCAUGGCUUCAGGAUUUUGUUUUAGAUUCUAAUUUUGUUCUUUCCAAGUACCAGUCUCUGAGCUACUGGAGCCAGUAUUGCGGAAGUGCCUUCCUGGCUAUUUGGGGUCAGCUCUCGCUUGGCCGGGAGUUUUGUACACUAGCCAGGCAGGGAAGUUGCUUCUUCCUGUGGUGAGAUUUUCUUGGGGCCAGGCAGCUAUUCUGACUGAGCCUUAGAGCUCCAAGAACCUAUUCGGGGCUUAGGAGCCAGAAGCAGACUGCUGCCUGCCCUUCCCAGAAGGAGGCUAGCAAGCUGGCAAGCUGGCAAACGGAGUGUUGCUUCCCAGAGGAAGUCACAGACACCAGACUUGCUUGCAAGUCAUCAUGAGCAUGAGACACUGCUGGACAGCAGGCCCCAGUUCUUGGUGGGUCCUGCUUUUGUAUGUCCAUGUCAUUCUGGCCAGAGCCACAUCUGCACCUCAGACAACUGCCACUGUCUUAACUGGAAGCUCAGAAGACCCAUGCUCUUCCUGGUCUCCAUCAGUCCCAACUAAGCAGUACCCAGUACUGGAUGUGAUUUGGCCAGAAAAAGAAGUGCCACUGAAUGGAACUCUGACCUUGUCCUGUACUGCCUGCAGCCGCUUCCCCUACUUCAGCAUCCUCUACUGGCUGGGCAAUGGUUCCUUCAUUGAGCACCUCCCAGGCCGGCUGAAGGAGGGCCACACAAGUCGCGAGCACAGGAACACAAGCACCUGGCUGCACAGGGCCUUGGUGCUAGAAGAACUGAGCCCUACCCUACGAAGUACCAACUUCUCCUGUUUGUUUGUGGAUCCUGGACAAGUGGCCCAGUAUCACAUCAUUCUGGCCCAGCUCUGGGAUGGGUUGAAGACAGCUCCGUCCCCUUCUCAAGAAACCCUCUCUAGCCACAGCCCAGUAUCCAGAUCAGCACGCCCAGGGGUCGCAUAAAGCCAACCACACCAUGACCUUGACCAGAGCCUGGCUCUCAUCUACCUAGAGGGUGGAGUCUACACCAUAGGCUGUGAUUGCCUUUCUGCGGCUGAACCUCAAACUCAAGCUUCAUUUCUACCUAGAUUAUCAUAGUAAUUAAGUCCUUAGAGUUCUUCCUGCUUGUCCUCCUGUCCAUCCAUCCAGUUUACCUUUUCUGAUGUCUUACUCAUCCCACUGGUGUUCUGGAACCUCUGAGACCUGAUGACACCUUAGCCAAGUGAUAGCUCUGCUUACACUUAACGUGAAUUUGAGAUGCCUAUCUGGCAGAUUUCCACAUCCUGUACCAAUUGAAUAGGUUAACCCUGAAGCCUAGUUGAGAUAUAACUUUGGCAACAUCACACUCAGCUCUGACCACUAUCUGCACUGACUUCAAUCUUUACAUGUGACUUUGUUUUCCUAGUUUGCCCCCAAAUUGUUCCCAAGGCCAGGACGGAACAGUGGCUGUGUCAGGUCACAACUGUAUCUGUCAGUCUGUGUCUCUGCAAGACCCAUACUGAGUCCUCAUAAAGCUGCAGCAGCUCAACGUCUCAUUUUUUUUUUUUUAAGACCCUGGUACUGUCCUCAGGAACUCUGCCUGACUCAGGCAGCAUGAGACACUGCCUCUUGCCAAACAAAUUCAGAAUAACAUGAA